AUGGCCAAGCCUCUGACGGACCAGGACAGGAGGAAGCAGAUCUCGGUUAGGGGUCUGGCCGGGGUGGAAAACGUCUCGGACCUGAAAACCAAUUUCAACCGGCACCUCCACUUCACCCUGGUCAAAGACCGAAAUGUGGCCACCAAACGGGACUACUACUUCGCCCUAGCCAACACGGUCCGGGACCACCUGGUGGGACGUUGGAUCCGGACACAGCAGCACUAUUAUGAAAAAGACCCCAAACGUGUCUACUACCUCUCCCUGGAGUUCUACAUGGGUCGCACUCUGCAGAACACCAUGGUCAACCUGGCCCUGGAGAACGCCUGCGAUGAGGCCACAUACCAGCUGGGCCUGGACAUGGAGGAGCUGCAGGACAUUGAGGAAGAUGCCGGUCUGGGCAACGGUGGUCUGGGUCGCCUGGCUGCUUGCUUCCUGGACUCCAUGGCCUCUCUGGGCCUGGCUGCUUAUGGAUACGGCAUCCGCUACGAGUUUGGCAUCUUCAAUCAGAAAAUAGUUGAGGGCUGGCAGGUGGAGGAAGCUGAUGACUGGCUGCGCUACGGCAACCCCUGGGAGAAGGCUCGCCCCGAGUACAUGCGUCCGGUCCACUUCUACGGACGAGUGGAGCACACAGAGGAAGGAGUGAAGUGGGUUGACACACAAGUGGUUCUGGCUCUUCCUUAUGACACCCCAGUUCCCGGUUACAGAAACAACAUUGUCAACACCAUGAGACUGUGGUCUGCUAAGGCCCCCUGUGACUUUAACCUCAAGGACUUUAAUGUUGGGGGCUACAUUCAAGCCGUGCUGGACAGAAACCUGGCUGAGAACAUCUCCAGGGUCCUCUACCCUAACGACAAUUUCUUUGAAGGGAAGGAGCUGCGUCUGAAGCAGGAGUACUUUGUCGUAGCAGCGACUCUUCAGGACAUCAUCCGCCGAUUCAAAGCCUCCAAGUUUGGCUCCACUGAGUUUGUGCGACUGGACCUUGCUUCGCUGCCGGACAAGGUGGCCAUCCAGCUGAACGACACCCAUCCUGCUAUGGCCAUCCCCGAGCUGAUGAGAAUCCUGGUGGACGUUGAGAAACUCACGUGGGUGAAGGCCUGGGACAUCGUGGUUCGUACCUGUGCCUACACCAACCACACCGUCCUGCCCGAAGCCCUGGAGCGUUGGCCCGUCGACCUCUUCCAAAACCUGCUGCCCCGUCACCUGGAGAUAAUCUACGAGAUAAACCGCCGGCAUCUGGAGCGCAUCGCCACGCUUUACCCUGGAGAUCUUGACCGCAUGCGCCGAAUGUCCCUGAUCGAGGAAGGGGACGUCAAGAAAAUCAACAUGGCCCACCUGUGCAUUGUGGGGUCUCAUGCUGUUAACGGAGUGGCCCGCAUCCACUCAGAGAUCAUCAAAGACACCGUGUUCAAGGAUUUCUACGAAGCAGACCCGGAAAAGUUUCAGAAUAAGACCAACGGCAUCACACCCAGGCGCUGGCUGGUCAUGUGCAACCCUGGCCUGGCUGAGGUCAUCGCAGAGAGGAUUGGUGAGGACUACAUCCGUGACCUUGACCAGCUGAAGAACCUUCUGGACUUUGUGGACGAUGACUCCUUCAUUCGGGAUGUUGCCAAAGUCAAACAAGAGAACAAGAUGAAGUUUGCUGCCCACCUUGAGGAGACCUACAAGGUGAAGAUCAACCCCAACUCCAUGUUUGAUGUCCACGUGAAGAGGAUCCACGAGUACAAAAGGCAGCUGCUCAACUGCCUGCACAUCAUCACGCUGUACAACCGAAUCAAGAAGGAACCGAACAAGUCAUGGACCCCCAGGACCGUCAUGAUUGGAGGAAAGGCGGCUCCCGGAUACCACACUGCCAAGAUGAUCAUCAAGCUGAUCACAUCGAUUGGCGACGUCGUAAAUAAUGACCCCAUGGUGGGAGAUCGCCUCAAAGUCAUCUACCUGGAGAACUACCGGGUCACUCUGGCUGAAAAGGUUAUUCCUGCAUCUGACCUGUCGGAGCAGAUCUCCACAGCAGGCACUGAGGCCUCUGGCACCGGGAACAUGAAGUUCAUGCUGAAUGGAGCCCUGACCAUCGGCACAAUGGAUGGAGCCAACGUGGAAAUGGCAGAGGAAGCUGGAGAGGAGAACCUGUUCAUCUUCGGCAUGAGGGUGCCCGAUGUGAAGGCGAUGGACAUUAAGGGCUAUGACGCCAUGUCGUACUACAACCGUAUCCCAGAGCUGAAGCAGGCAAUGGAUCAGAUAUCUGGAGGCCUCUUCAGCCCCAGCCAGCCUGACCUCUUCAAAGACCUCGUCAGCAUGCUGAUGCAGCACGAUAGAUUUAAGGUGUUUGCAGACUAUGAGGAAUACAUCAAAUGUCAAGAGAGAGUCAGCGAACUCUACAAGGACCCUAAAGAGUGGACCAAGAUGGUGAUUCACAACAUCGCCGGCUGUGGCAAAUUCUCCAGUGACCGCACCAUCUCCCAGUAUGCCAGGGAGAUCUGGGGCAUGGAGCCCAGCCUGGAGAAGAUCGCUGCUCCUGACGAUCCUCGCUAACACCUCCUCACUGUAGCUCACCAUGUGACCCAUGUAGCUUUUCCCCCUGUGUACUGUGGCAUUAUUUCUUUACGUCGUGAACACUGAUACCAGCUCUGUUACCAGUUAAAAUUGCAGUAACCUGUAUCGAAGUGGGCUGAGCCGCAAUCUGGGUCCUGGUCUGUGCACCAGCAAUGCACUCACUGCUGGGUAAAAACCUCCACGCAAGCAUUUCAGCUGUUGGCCUACAUUUCUCCUUGAAUCGUGAAACAUUAAAGAUACACUUACUUAUUUCUUUAUACCGCUCCUGUUUUCCAAAGCUUUCUCAUAAUGGAAGUUUGAAAAAAAUUUAAACUGAAAACAUCAACCAGGAGCAAAGAAAAUUAAUGACUAAUUCAUAUUUUUAAUUUAACACUUAUUCUAACCGCGUCCCCCUUCGCCUGCACAGCUGAUGUGGCUCCUAAAACCUAGCAAACAUCAGACAAACCUCAGCAAUGUUCUGGUCCUCAACAAGCCUACGUCUUCCAUGGGAGAGGCGGGUUACUCGGUGGUUGUAGCAGCACUGUGACUGCGCCGCAUCAGCGGGAAGCCAUUUCUUCAUUCAGCACAGGAAAACCUUUGAUGAUUGUUCUGUAUUAAAAACUUCCCAGUGUAUGUGUCAUGGUUUUAUGUGCGUAUAUCCAUUCUGUGUGUGUUAUUAGCAGUGGAGGUCAGGGGAGCUCUGUUAUCCAUGAGUUUAGCUGCAAUGUCCUCAGCAUGUUUGUGUCUCGUUCUGCUGUACUCCCUUCAUGAAAGUGACCUGUUUUAGAAGAUAACAAAGCCUUCUCUGCCUAACAACCCAAAGUGACUGAAUUAACCUUUGGAAGCUGUGUGUUUCUGUUAAUGUAGUUUGUGUGUACAACACGUGAGUCCAUGACACUGUGGCUAUCGGCUCGAUCGAUGUACUGUAACAGCAUACUGUCUGACUGACCACGCUGAACCUUUCAAUUCACUCUCAGCCAGUGCUUUUCCUUUUUAGUCAAUAAAUGACAAAUCUGAAUUAACA